AUGGAGGCAUUCCUGCGCAAGUAUUGGCCACAGGGCUCCGUAUCCGUGAGCUGCCGCGUGUACGCGAGUCAGCGGCGUGCCGAUGAGCAUAAGCGUCUGCAGUUGACGGCCAAUGGUAUUGAACUGCGCUCCGUGGGGUCAUCGUCCGAGCCCGAUGUGAUCCCCUGGGACUCGAUUAUCGGCGCGUCCGAGUCCACGAGUGGCAUUCGCCGCCGCUUCGUGUCCGUGUACGAAGGUGACGAGUACGGCGAGGAGAAGGAGUUUGUGGUCUUCGGAUGCGUGCCGAAGCUCGAGAGCGCGGGCUCGGGAGGGCUCCUGGGUGGACUGACGUCAUUGGCCAAGGCGGUGUUGCCCACAGCGCUCACGGCUAGUAAACCCGGGGUGGAGAGAACACUGGUGCAGUGGGUAUUCAGAUGUGACGACGACGAUGGAGAUGUCGUGGCCAUGAGAACAGUGAAGGCCAUCAGGUUCUUGGCGGACCCGAGGGUCGAACAGGGCAUUAAAGCGGCCGAGAAGCUGCUGGAUCCGUAUGGAUUUAUGCCUCCUCGCAAGUUCAUGGUGGUCAUCAACCCUGCUGGAGGCGCAGGCAACGCACAGCAGACGUUCGAGAAAGAGGUGGCGCCGAUGCUAGAGCAAGCUAAUGUGGAAGUGGAGACGGUUAUCACGAAACAAGCAGCACAUGCGACCGAGAUUCUGGCGAAUGUACCGCUGAACAAGUACGACUGCAUUGUAGGAGUCGGAGGCGACGGCCUGUUGUCGGAGAUGCUACAAGGUUUGAUGAAUCGCAAGGACUGGCAGCAGGCGAUUCUACAGCCGCUUGGAGUCAUCCCGGGUGGAUCCGGCAACGGUCUUUCUGCGUCGCUACUGUCACGUGCAGGCGAGCGCUUCGACGCACUCAACGCCGCCUAUUCUCUCGCGAAGGGCCAAGUUCAAGAGCUGGAUCUGUUCAGUGCGACAAAUGGCGACGGCAAGGUCAUGCACGGAUUCCUGUCACUCGAAUGGGCAUUUAUCGCUGAUAUGGACAUCAAAUCCGAGCGAUAUCGCUUUUUCGGCGACAUGCGCUUCCUCGUAUCGACCACCUUGCAGAUCUUCGGCUUUGGGCAGACAAUGUACCGUGGGCGGCUUCGUUAUCUCGUCUCCAAGGACGAUGAGCCACAACCGGCAAAGUAUCACGAUACGUUUAGUGGCGAGACAACAGCCAAGCCGACUUGCGCGUGCUUGGAUAAGGAACAAGACGGAGAAAAGUCCGAACGGUGGGUGGAGAUGGAUGGUCCGUUCUACAUGUUCUGGAGCAUGAACGUCUCUCAUGCUGCUGCGGAUGCUCACAUUGCGCCACCUGCUGACAUUUCUGAUGGCUACUUCCACAUGAUGCUGGUGUCUGGUGAGAGUUACUCGCGCAUUAGACUGGCUAAGUUGAUGAUGGGGAUUGAGGACGGUUCGCACUUGGACGUGGAUCGUGUACAGCUCAUCCGCACACGCGCGUUCUCGGUGCGUGCAAGCAAUGCAGACGACCUCAUGUGUGUCGACGGCGAACUUUUUCCCGGACCAGAAGUUAAGACUGAGGUGCACCGCGCACUGGGUCGUGUGCUCAGUCUUCCAGCUAAGAAGUAG